GAGCGAGUGGGAGGCUGGUCCGCUGCGCGUGCGCGCGGGAGAGUGGCGGCGGUGUGGCAGCCGCCGCCGCGGCGUCCCGCGGGCUCUGCGCAUGCGCGGGGCCAAGAGAGUGGGAGGCGUCGGGCCCCGGCGGCGGUGGCGGCGGAGGAGGCGCGGAAGGCCGGGAAGGACAAUGGCGGCGGCGGCGGCAGCGGCGGCCGCCUCAGCAGCAGCCGUGCCUGCAGGCGGCGGCGGCGGCGGCGUCCUGGGGUCGGCGGCGGGGGGCGCGCCCGGCUCGGGGGUCUCCUCCGCCGCCCCGUUGUCGGCGUCGCGGCGCAAGGACGGCGGCCCCUCGGGGAAGUUCUGGGAGAGCCCCGACACCGUCUCUCAGCUGGACGCCGCGCGGGCCUGGCUCGGCAAGCACUGCAAGAAGUAUGUUCAAGCAGAUGCUCCUACCAAUAAAACACUGUCUGGGCUUGUGGUGCAGCUGCUGCAGUUUCAGGAAGAUGCCUUCGGAAAACAUGUUGCCAAUCCUGCCUUUACAAAGUUCCCUGCAAAGUGCUUCAUGGACUUCAAAGCUGGAGGAACACUAUGUCACAUUCUUGGUGCUGCAUAUAAGUACAAAAAUGAGCAAGGAUGGCGCCGAUUUGAUUUGCAGAACCCUUCCCGAAUGGAUCGAAAUGUCGAAAUGUUUAUGAAUAUUGAAAAAACAUUGGUGCAGAAUAACUGUCUGAGCAGACCAACCAUCUACCUCGUACCAGAAAUUGAACUGAAGUUAGCUAAUAAGCUAAAGGACAUUGUCAAACGUCACCAGGGCACAGUCACAGAUGAGAAGUCUAAAGCCACCCACCAUAUUUAUCCUGUUCCUACCUCAUUGGAUGAAGAAGAGUGGCUAAGACCUGUAAUGAAGAAAGACAAGCAAGUUCUUGUGCAUUGGGGCUAUUACCCAGACAGCUAUGACACUUGGGUUCAUGCUACUGAUAUAGAUGCCGAAAUCGAAGACCCUCCAAUUCCAGAGAAGCCGUGGAAGGUUCAUGCUAAGUGGAUUUUGGACACAGAUGUAUUCAAUGAAUGGAUGAAUGAAGAAGAUUAUGAAGUAGAUGAGAACAAGAAGUUGGUCAGCUUUCGCCAGCGUAUCUAUAUGAAAAACGAAGAACCAGUCCAUAGCCCUGAACGGAGGGAUAGGAAGGCAGCCGCAGGUGCCAGAAAACGGCGGCACUCCCCUUCACCGCCACCUCCUCCCACCCCAGCAGAAUCGAGGAAGAAAGCCGGAAAGAAGGGGCAAGCAAGCCUAUAUGGGAAAAGGCGAGGGCAAAAGGAAGAAGACGAGCAAGAAGAUCUUACCAAGGACAUGGAGGAUCCAACCCCUGUGCCUAACAUAGAAGAAGUGGUACUUCCUAAAAAUGUAAAUCCAAAGAAAGAUAGUGAAAACACUCCGGUGAAAGGAGGAACAGUAGCAGACCUUGAUGAGCAGGAUGAGGAGACGGUCACCACGGGAGGAAAGGAAGACGAAGAUCCCAACAAAGGUGACCAGAGCCGCUCAAUAGAUACCGGAGAAGACAAUGUCACAGAACAGACAAAUCACAUCAUUAUCCCCAGCUAUGCAUCCUGGUUUGACUAUAACUGUAUUCAUGUAAUCGAGCGCCGUGCUCUUCCAGAAUUCUUCAAUGGGAAAAACAAAUCUAAGACCCCAGAAAUAUACUUGGCUUACCGCAAUUUCAUGAUUGAUACGUAUCGCUUAAACCCUCAAGAGUACUUGACUAGCACUGCCUGCAGAAGGAACUUGACUGGAGACGUUUGUGCAGUAAUGCGGGUACAUGCCUUUUUGGAACAGUGGGGGCUUAUUAAUUACCAAGUGGAUCCCGAAAGCCGACCCAUGGCCAUGGGGCCUCCUCCCACCCCACACUUCAAUGUGCUUGCCGACACUCCCUCGGGACUCAUGCCUCUUCACCUUCGGACACCUCAGAUCCCAGCUGCUCAGCAGAUGUUGAAUUUCCCCGAGAAAAACAAGGAUAAACCUACUGACCUGCAGAACUUUGGGCUUCGUACAGACAUAUACUCGAAGAAAACAUUGGCAAAGAGCAAAAGUGCUAGCGCUGGGCGAGAAUGGACAGAACAAGAGACCCUGCUGCUACUUGAGGCGUUGGAGAUGUACAAAGAUGACUGGAAUAAAGUUUCUGAGCAUGUCGGAAGCCGCACUCAGGACGAAUGCAUCCUCCAUUUCCUGAGGCUUCCCAUUGAGGAUCCUUACUUGGAGAACUCUGAUGCCUCGCUGGGCCCUUUGGCUUACCAGCCUGUGCCUUUCAGCCAGUCUGGAAACCCGGUGAUGAGCACCGUGGCUUUUCUGGCAUCUGUCGUGGAUCCCCGGGUGGCGUCUGCUGCCGCUAAAGCAGCUUUAGAGGAAUUUUCCAGGGUCCGAGAGGAAGUCCCACUGGAACUUGUAGAGGCCCAUGUCAAGAAGGUGCAGGAGGCAGCCAGAGUCUCUGGAAAAGUGGAUCCCACUUACGGACUAGAGAGCAGCUGCAUUGCCGGAACGGCUCCAGAUGAACCAGAGAAACUUGAUGGAGCUGAAGAAGAGAAAAUGGAGACAGAGACAGAUGGACCACAGGCAGAAAAAGUUAAGAUUGAAAACAAAGGGGACCAUGAACUUGGAGAUGCAAACAAGGCACAGGAAGGAGACGAGGAGAAAAACGCAGAAAAGGAGCAGGAUGGCGAUGUCUCCCAGGACUCCAAGCCAGAUGAGAAGGAAGCAGACGAGAACAAGGAGAACCUUGAUGUGUGCAAAGACAAGGAGGGCGACGCUGGGAAGAAGAGAGUGGAGCACGAAAUCUCUGAAGGGAACGUGGCAACGGCUGCAGCUGCUGCCCUCGCCUCGGCUGCCACCAAAGCCAAGCAUCUAGCUGCUGUUGAGGAAAGGAAGAUCAAGUCCUUGGUCGCCCUCCUGGUGGAAACACAGAUGAAGAAACUGGAGAUCAAACUCCGUCAUUUUGAGGAGCUGGAAACAAUCAUGGACAGAGAGAAAGAGGCGCUGGAGCAGCAGAGGCAACAGCUGCUGACGGAGCGCCAGAACUUCCACAUGGAGCAGCUGAAGUACGCGGAGCUCCGUGCCCGCCAGCAAAUGGAGCAGCAGCAGCACAGCCAGAACGUCCAGCAGUCCCACCAGCAUUCCAGCGGCCCUGGCAUGAACCCUCUGGGGACACCCAGCCACCCGGGCUUGUUGUCUCACCAGCAGCCUCCUCCGUAUCCCAUGAUGCACCACCAGAUGCCCCCUCCUCAUCCACCGCAGCCAGCUCAGAUCCUGGGGCAAGGCUCCAUGAUCCCCGGGCAGCCUUUGCCAGGUCGGGCAAUGCCAAGUGGAUCGGCCAGCGCUCACCAAGCCAGCAGCAGCAGCGCUCCCCCAUCCGGUGCGGCAGGAAAUAUUGUGGGAGCCCGGGGGGCCCUGGCUUCUCCGAACGGCUUGUAUCCGCAGCAGCAACAGCAGCCACCGCAGCCGCAGCCUCCAGUUGACGGGGCGACCCCACCUCCUGCGGGAGCAGCAACAGCCUCCGCAGCUCCCUGAUCGGUCCGGCAACAAGGCGUCUCUCAAGCUGUGACAGUAGCAACCAAAAACACCAUUCCUCAGUUUCCUGCUCCUUCCUUCCCUGGCCUCUGCCCCCGCCCCCCA